AUGGGCUUCCCACUUCGCCCUGUGCCCUCAGGUUGCGAUGACAAGUUCGACUGGAGCAAGGUUAAGCCGAUCAAACCAUUGAAGGUCCCGGGGCAAGAACCGCCAGCACUGGUCCGCCCUUGUAUCAACGCAACGGGACCCCGCGCGCCCUACACCAUACGCAAGGAAUCGACUCCUGAGCGCAAUCGGUCGCACGGAGAGGAGGAGUACCCUGAAGAAACGGCACCGACGCCGGAUGACGACUGGGCCACCAUCUUGAACACAAGCGCCACCUCGCGAGAACAGAGCAUUUCUCUUAACUCGACCGCAGUGGCGACCACCGAGGCAGAUGACAGCGAUUUCGAUGAGCUGGCAUCAUCAUCCGAGUCGAGGCAUGCGUCCGCCUCCCCCACUGAGCAAGAGUGGUACCCGACGGUGACCGAUCCAGGCAGCGCCAUCCUCGACGCCGAACACGGCCUCUAUCGACCCUUCGCGGGCGCAUCUGGUGUACGCCUACUACACAACUACUCCGUCGAGCGCACACUCUCGCCCGCACAAAUAGAAGGCCUGAACGCGAUCCGGACCACCAAGCGUUGGAAACGGCGUAGAGGGGACGGCGACACGAAAGACUCCGAAGGGGGGUGUCCGCUCUGCAGGGAGACGUUCUCGAACCGGGCGAACCUCGUGGUGCAUCUGUAUCAAAAGUCUCAUCUGGACGUCAGGUUCCGGUGCGACUUUUGCGACGCGGUUGUGCAUCCCAAGGCUAUGCCGGACCAUGUUCAGAAGUGGCAUGUGGAUCGCAAGGGAGAUUAUAAGGAGAUGUUGAACUCGAGGAAGCCGCCCGCGUUCAACGAGUAG